AUGGUAACUCUAUCUAUCUAUCUAUCUAUCUAUCUAUCUAUACAAGAUGCAAAGCAUUUUUUGAAUUUUUUUUCUCUUUUUCCUCUUUUCUCUUUUUCCUCUUUUCAAGCUCUUAUAAAUUCCUUCUUUUAUUUUCUCAUCAUUAUAAUGAAUUAUUUCCUCCUAUUCUUUUUACUUCAUCUUUUUCUUUCCUUCAUUUCUUGUUUUCUCAGUUUUCUUUCUUCCUUUGUUUCUUUUUUCAUUCUGAUUUAUCUUUCAUUUUAUAUUUUUGUUUUUUCUUUCACUUUCUUUAAUUUUUUUCUUUCUGUCUUUCUUUGUUUAAUUUAUCCUUCCGUCAAUUACUUUUCUUUCUUUCUUUCUUUCUUUCUUUCUUUCUUUCUUUCUUUCUUUCUUUCUUUCACUUUGUGUUAUUUUUACUUCUUUUUUACUUUCUCUCUCUUUUUUGGUCCCCCUCAGGUCCUUCUCUUCUUUUCUACCCACCCACUUCCCCCACUUGCCUUCUCCAUUCACUCUUCACUGAUUUCUUUAUCUUCUGAUUAUUGGCAUUUUUUUGACAUUUUUCACACAAUUUCUUUGCAAAUAAAAAGUUAUCUCCCUUUGCAGUUAUUGAUCCACCUGCUGCCACCAGCCAAAUAUAGAAUCAUUUCAAUUCACACAAGAAGAUAUCAUGUGUAA